CGAGAGAGAGAGAGAGAGAGAGAGAGAGAGGGAGAGAGAGAAGCCCUCCCCACGGCAAACAGCCACCACCUCCCCUUCAAAUUCAAAGACAGAGACAAACAAGAGAGAGAGAGAGAGAGAAUUUGAUAUCUGUGUAUCUUUGUUUUGAAGAAAACGUCUCAUUUUUGUCAAAGAGAUCUCAUUCUUUUCCUGUGUUUGCUUUCUCUGACAUGAAACACCACCAUUGGCACUUCGUGAAGAAUUUGCUCUAAUUUCUCAGCAAAACUUAGAUCUCGAGGCAGAUAUGGAGAAGGAAGAGAAGAAUCAGAGACCAUGUAAGCCGCCAGAAACAGAUUUGUUGUUACAGUGGGGUAAUAGGAAGAGACUCAGAUGUGUGAGGGUGAGAGACCCAGAUGUCUCAGACCCAUCAAACAGUGGUAGAAUACGCCGGAAAAUCUCAUCUCGCUUUCUCACUCUUUCCAGAAAGAGACCUCUUUUCCUCCACCACCCAGUCGUCUCACCAGGUACCUUCACAAAAACAAUAAAAUCCCAGACUUUUUUUUUCUCCCAAAUUUUCCCAGAAAAUUGA